AUGCCGGCCGCCGAGGACCGGAGCAAAGCCUUCUAUACCAGCCUGCCCCACCACGCCGUGGUGAUUUUGUCCAUCUCCAAAGGAAGUGUCGCCCACCUCCAUCCGCCCUCAGACUUCUCCUCCACGCUGGACCUGCUGACCCAGUUAGAGAAGAUCCUCUUCAUGGUUGUCUUGAUCUUCUACCUCCCAACUCUGGUGGGCAACACUGCCAUCAUUUUGGUGACCCGCCUGGAUUUCCGGCUCCAUAAGCUCAUGUACUUCUUCCUGUCUCAUCUCUCCCUCGUGGACCUCUGCUUCAACACCAGCUUCGUCCCCCAUUCUGUGGGGCCUCCGGUCUCCCUGGUCCUGGGAUCGACGGAGUGCACCCUUCUGGCCCUCAUGGCCUUGGACAGUCACGCCGACGUCUGCCGACCCCUUCACUACACCAUCGUCAUGCAUCCGCGGCUCUGCCAGGCCCUGGUGGGAAUGGCCUGGCUGAGCGGGGUGUGGGACACCGCGAUUCAGGCCACCUUCAUCUUCUGCCUGCCCCGCUGUGGACGUCAGCGACUUCCCCACUUCAUCUGCGAGAUGCUCGUCCUGCUCAAGCUGGCCUGUGUGGACGUCCGGGCCAAUGAGAUCCAGCUCUUUGUGGGCACUCUGGUCCUGAAUCUCCUGCCCUUGAUCGUGUUGAGGAUCAAGUUGCCCCAGGUCUGGAGGAAGGCCCUGGGCACCUGCGGUUUCCACCUCCUCGUGGUAACUAUCUUCUACGGGUCCAUCACGGUGAUCUACAUCUGGCACAACAGCUCCUUAUCCGAGACUUUGGACAAGUUCCUCACCCUCUUCUAUACCGUGGUCACCCCCACCCUCAACCCGUUAUUCUACACCCUGAGGAACAUGUACGUGAAGGGGGCGCAGAGGAGGAUUCUGGGAAAAGACGAGAAUUCAGAAAAGGACUAA